CGAUAUUUUAGCUUUAGAUUGUUGGUUGAGAGUUUUGAGACUUGAGAGGUUUCAUAUUAGUCGUUGUGUUAAAGAUCUCACUGCAAAGAGACCUAAAAGCUUGGGCCAUGCUUCUGUUCUACAUUGCAGGAGGUCGUUAGAGCAGUUCUCCAGCUUAUGAAACUAAAACAUUAAAAAAAAGGGGCUAAAUUCAGCCUGUUAUUUACUACAAAUAGGAACUCCAAACGUUGUCACAACCUACCAAAACCUGUACAAUCUUCGAUUCUUGCUCCGAACCAUCGGUUUCUGACUACAUUCCCGGUUGUCAAACAACAACGGACGUCUCAGAAACGGAAAUCGAAACGAACUAGGCAAACAAAAGUUCCCACGCUAACAGAAAAAAAAAAAAAAAAAAAAGACGACCAAAUAUUCAACCGUUUGUCUAUGUCUUCGUCUUGCCUGGUCGAGUCCUUGAGGUCCAGGUAAGACUGCUAACCGUUUUUGAGCUUGAUUAGAUAUGGCGUAGGUUAACACCAUCAUCCAUAGAAGAAGAAUACAAACAAAACCCAGAAACCGAAAAAACGUUUUUCGUUUUUCCGGGCGUACAGGAAAACUUAAAAUACUUCUUCAAUACUUCUUCAUUAUUGAUCGGAGUCCUCCGUUUUCCUGUACGCCGUUGGCAGAGCUUUCGGCCUCCGUCUCUUUUUUCUUUUUCUUCUUCUUUCUUUUUUAUUAGCUAGCAAUGUACAUCAAAACACCAAUUCUUCUAUUUCUCGCCUUUGCAUCCGUGUUCUUGAACGGCCUCAAUGCUGCAAACCCGGGCUCAGAUUCGCUGAUCCUUGGCUGUGGCGCUGAUAAUGAGGCCAAAGAUGCGGAUGGGAGGAAAUGGCAACCGGACAAGAAGUACCUUGCCGAUUCAUCAAAGACAACCUCGGCACAAGCGCAGUACCAGGACCCUGCGCUUCUUUCCGAGGUUCCAUACAUGAAAGCCAGGAUUUUCACCGCGAAUACCACGUACAAGUUGCCUGUGCAACCCAAGCAGCGCUACAUGCUUAGACUUUAUUUCUAUCCAGCUGUGUAUGGCAGUAACAACGCUGAGGGGUCCUAUUUUUCGGUUGUCGCGAAUGGCAUCACUCUCUUGCAAAACUUUAGCGCUUCAAUCACUUGCAGGGCCCUUACACAAGCUUAUAUCAUCAGGGAGUAUAUGUUGGCACCCCUCAACAAGGAUUCCCUAGAGGUCACCUUUUCGCCUUCCUCGGGGUUUGCAUUUGUGAAUGGAAUUGAGCUGAUUGGAGUCCCUGACAUGUUUGGCGAUGCUGCAAUAGUCGGGUCUUCAGACCAGACUUUUGACGGCAAGAGUUCAAAUUUGCAGACCAUGUUUAGAGUGAAUAUUGGGGGGCAGUUUAUUUCCCCAACCAAUGACUCCGGCACGCUAACAAGGACAUGGUACGAUGACUUUGCUUAUGUAUAUGGUGCACAACUUGGGGUCACCAACGAGGCCGCCAAGAACGUAAAAAUUGACUACAAGGAUAUGCCACCGUACAUUGCUCCCGUUGAUAUCUACAGGACCUCGAGAUCAAUGGGUGAGAAGAAGGACAUCAACCUCGGUUAUAAUCUCACGUGGGUGUUCAACCAAGUCGAUGCUAAAUUCAUGUACCUUGUGAGGUUACACUUUUGUGACUUUUACCUCACAAAAGCCAAUCAAGUAGUGUUCACAAUCUACAUUAACAAUCAAACCGCCGAGGCUGAAGCAGAUGUGAUCGGAUGGACAGGAGGAAGGGGGGUGACUACAUACAGAGAUUAUGUAGUAGUGGCCAAUGAGGGUUUUAAUGGUGACCUCUGGCUAGCUUUGCACCCUUCGAAGAAAUCAAGUCCUCAGUUCUACGAUUCACUCCUCAAUGGGGUGGAGAUAUUCAAGCUCGAAGAGGGUAAAAACUUGGCAGGCCCUAAUCCCAAGAUUUCUGACAUGUUGGCGAAGGACGAGCAAGAGAAGAGAAGCUUUCAAAGUCAGCAGCAGCAGCAGGAAGGAAGCGGUACCAACAAAGCUCACGUGAUUGGCGGAGCUGCUGGAGGAGCUGCAGCCUUUGGCAUAGUUGCUGCAUUGUGCAUUGCUGUGUACCAACGAAAGAAAAGGGCCCCGGGAAGUGAUACACACACUACGAGCUGGCUACCAAUCUACGGAAAUUCCCAUACCAGUGGCACCAAAUCAACAAUCUCAGGCAAGAGCAAUGCUAGCACCCACUUGUCGUCAGCUGCUCAAGGCCGUUGUAGGCGUUUCACCUUCCCUGAGAUGAAACAUGCUACUAAGAAUUUCGACGAGUCUAAUGUCAUUGGUGUUGGAGGAUUCGGAAAGGUGUACAAGGGUGUCAUCGAUGGAGAAACAAAAGUGGCGAUCAAGAGAUCUAACCCACAAUCAGAGCAAGGAGUUAACGAAUUCCAGACCGAAAUUGAGAUGCUUUCAGAGCUGAGGCAUAAACAUUUGGUCUCUCUGAUUGGUUUCUGUGAAGAAGAUAAUGAAAUGUGCUUGGUGUAUGACUACAUGUCACGCGGAACAAUGCGAGAGCAUCUGUACAAGGGCAACAAAUCUCAAGGUCAACUGUCAUGGAAGAAAAGGCUGGAGAUCUGUAUUGGAGCAGCAAAGGGACUUCACUACCUUCACACUGGCGCUAGGUGGACCAUCAUCCACAGGGAUGUCAAGACGACAAACAUUCUCUUGGAUGAGAACUGGGAGGCCAAGGUUUCUGAUUUCGGGCUCUCAAAGACUGGUCCCAACAUGGAUCAAGGCCAUGUUAGUACAGUGGUGAAGGGUAGCUUCGGAUACUUAGAUCCCGAAUACUUCAGGAGGCAACAACUGACAGAAAAAUCUGAUGUCUACUCAUUCGGAGUUGUCCUCUUCGAGGCGUUGUUUGCAAGGCCGGCUCUCAACCCUAGCCUGUCGAAGGAACAGGUCAGUCUAGCAGAUUGGGCUCUACAUUGUCAAAGAAAAAGAAUUGUGGAGGAAAACAUUGAUCCUCACCUCAAGGGGAAAGUCAACAUGGAAAGCGUCAAGAAAUUCGCAGACACAGCUGAGAAGUGCUUGUCUGAAUCGGGAAUGGACCGCCCCACUUUGAACGACAUCUUGUGGAACCUCGAGUUCGCGCUCCAGUUGCAGGACGACACAGAUGGCUCGAGUCACUCCUCAAGACGCGAGAGAAGUGACUCUGACGACCCCCAUCUGAGAAACCAGAACAUGAUGGCAAUACACUACAGCAACCUGAGCCUUGGAAGUGAGAGUGAUUUGGGUGAAGAAUCCAACAACAACAACACCACCACAAAUGAGAACACCGGCGACACCAGCGCAAUCUUCUCACAGAUCGUCAAUCCAGAAGGUCGAUAA